AUGGAGGCAAAAGGAACUCCUUUAGUGAUUGAUAAUGGAUCGGGAAUCAUCAAAGCAGGCUUGGCAGGAGAUGAAAUACCGCAUAUAGUUUUUAAUAAUUAUAUUGGAUUUACAAAACAUGUACGAGUGAUGCCUGUUGCAGGACCAAAAUAUGAUUGCUGUGUUGGUAAAGUUGCAGAGGAAAAGAGAGGUAUUUUACGCCUUAUUUACCCAAUGGAGCAUGGAAUUGUCACAGAUUGGACAGCAAUGGAGAAAGUUUGGGAUUAUUUGUAUUCAUGUUUAAUGGAUAAGGAAACUGGAUUAGGAGACACUUUUCGAAAAGAAGAUAGUCCAGUGCUGCUAACAGAAGCUCCUUUGAACCCAAAGAAAAAUAGAGAGAAAGCUGCUGACAUUUUCUUUGAAUCGUAUAACGUGCCGAAAUUGUUUUUUUCUUUGCAAGCAGUGCUGAGCUUGUAUGCCAGUGGGUCAAUGACAGGAGUAGUUCUGGAUAGUGGUGAUGGUGUAACGCACUCUGUACCAAUUUAUGACGGAUUUGCCAUUCCAAAUGCCAUUUCAAGGAUUGACGUUGCAGGACGGGAUAUUACAAAUUAUUUACAAAUUCUACUGAGGAAGUCAGGUUACAAUUUUCACACAUCAAGCGAGCGAGAGGUUGUAAAGGCAAUUAAGGAAAGUGAUUUGACAUAUGUUGCUCAAAAUUAUGAGAAAGAAAUUCUUGAAGAGGAAAAAGGUUUAUGUGAGGCUAAAACGUUCAAACUGCCAGACGGCUCGCUCGUCUCCAUGACAGCAGAGCGAUUUAUGGCUCCUGAAAUUCUGUUCAAGCCACAUUUAAUAGGACUAGAAUAUAUGGGUGUUCAUGAAUGUGUUAUUAAUUCCAUCAACUCUUCAGAUCUUGACAUUAGAAAGGAUUUAUAUUCGAAUUUAUUCUUUGCAGGAGGGUCUACAUUAUUUGAAGGCUUUUGUCAGCGCAUGCUGUCUGAACUGAAAAAACUAGCUCCGAAAGACGUGCCUUCUUUGAGAAUAUCAGCUCCAAACGAAAGAGCCUACACGACUUGGUUAGGUGGAUCCAUUCUCGCUUCUCUUCCUUCUUUUAAUGAUAUGUGGAUUACAAAGAACGAGUAUGAUGAGCAUGGAACGAGUAUAGUAUCCAAAAAAGCUUUUCUUUAA